CCGACGCAGAAGCUGCAGCUCGACCUCGGCGGCCCUCUCCAUUCAUAGCUGCCGACCCACCCUGGCUCGGACGCCGAGCCAGCCUAGCUCCCAGGAGACAGUCCGGGAAGCCAGGCUAGGGCGCGUGACCGUUCACCCAGCGCCGGACUCGCAGGGAGGUCGUCCUGGCCGCGAAUCCUGGGCCCAAGCAUGAGGGAGUGUCGUGGGACUCUGCGGACUCAGCCAGCCGGCGCGGCGGCCACGAAAAGGGAAGCACUCGCGCUGGACUCACUUCCCCGGCGCAGCCGGAGAGGACCCAGGGCUCUGGCACCGCCCGGGUCCGGACGCCUGUGGGCGGGGCAGGAGUGGCCUCUCAAUGUCAUUGGCCGAGGGGCGCGCCCUGCCGGCCGCUGCGCGCUUCCAUUGACUGGCGAGAAAGGAGGCAGUCCGCCUCCAGCACUGUCUACACUCGCUGAGAGCACCGAACGCAGCGGCGGAGCGGAUCUCGCUGGCCAGCGGCGCCAUGAGCCGAAGCUUGGACGCGGCACGGAGUUUCGUGGAGCAGCUGGAGGCGCGGGGCGGCCGGGAGGGGGCGAUCCUUGCCAGCGAGUUCAGCGACAUCCGGGCCCGCUCAGCCGCCUGGAAGAGUAGCAACCUGUGCUCCACCGAGGCUGGCAGUCGGCCAGGGAACGUGAGAAAGAACCGCUACAAAGACGUGCUGCCAUAUGAUCAGACAAGAGUGAUCCUCUCUCUGCUCCAGGAGGAGGGACACGGCGACUACAUCAAUGGCAACUUCAUCCGGGGCACAGACGGAAGCCAGGCCUACAUCGCCACGCAGGGCCCCCUGCCUCACACCUUGCUAGACUUCUGGCGCAUGGUCUGGGAGUUUGGAGUCAAGGUGAUCCUGAUGGCGUGUGGAGAGACGGAGAAUGGGCGGAAAAAGUGUGAGUGUUACUGGGCCCGAGAAGAGGAACCAUUGCAGACUGGGCUUUUCUGCAUCACCCUGACCAGGGAGACAUGGCUGAAUGUAGACAUCAUGCUCAGGACCCUCCAAGUCACCUUCCAGAAGGAAUCUCGUUCUGUGUACCAGCUGCAGUAUAUGUCCUGGCCAGACAAAGGGGUCCCCAGCAAUCCUGACCACGUGCUCGCCAUGGUGGAGGAAGCCCGUCGCCUGCAGGGCUCUGGUCUCAGCCCCCUCUGUGUCCACUGCAGUGCGGGCUGUGGGCGAACAGGCGUCCUGUGCACUGUGGAUUAUGUGAGACAGUUGCUCCUGACCCAGAUGAUCCCACCCAACUUCAGCCUCUUCGAUGUGGUCCUUGAGAUGCGGAAGCAGCGGCCUGCAGCUGUACAGACAGAGGAACAGUACAGGUUCCUGUACCAAACGGUGGCUCAGAUGUUCUUCUCAGCACUCCAAAAUGCCAGCCCCCAUUACCAGAACCUCAGGGAGAAUUGUGCCCCACUCUAUGAUGAUGCCCUCUCCCUCCGGACUUCCCAGACCCUUCCUGCCAUACCCCGCCUACCUAGCGGGGUCCUCAGGAGCAUCUCGGUACCCGGGCCCCCGGCCCUCGCCAUGGCCGACACGUACGCGGUGGUGCAGAAGCGCGGGGUCCUCUCUGGCACCGGCUUGGGGCCGGGGGCGCGCGGCACGGAGGAGGCGCCGCUCUACAGCCAGGUGGCGCCGCGCGCCCGGCGGCCCCAGGCGCACGCAGAGGACGCGCGGGGGGCGCUCCCCGGCAGCGUUCCUGCUGACCAAAGCCCUGCUGCGCCUGGCGCCUACGAGGACGUGGCGGAGGGAGCUCAGACCGGUGGGCUAGAGCCUCGAGUGACCAUCUCUGGCCCUUGUGGGCACCCAGAUCCCUGCCAGCACUGCUAUGGUGCCAUGGGGUCCCACAUCCAGCACUGUCCUGCCGUAUUCUGAGUGAAGGCUGGCCUUCUCCUGCCUCCACCUGGCCACAUCCUUCCUCGACCAGAAGUGCCUUGGAAUGAACUCCCUCCACUUCUGCCUAGGAGGCCUUCAGUCAGCAAAUGACAGGGU